GUGUCCACCGCUCCUGCCGCGCAGUCAGCAGAGGAGCGCGUCGGGCGGCUACAGCAGCUGAAGAGGCAGAGGCGCCCGCGGCCGCAGCGUCGGGGCUGGAGCGAUGGCGGCGACCGCGGUGGCGGCGGGGGCGGGGGCUGUGGCGGGAACCCAGUCGGCCCAGGGUCCCCCGGGCCCGGCAGCGUCGCUGGAGCUGUGGCUAAACAAAGCUACAGACCCAAGCAUGUCGGAACAGGAUUGGUCAGCUAUCCAGAAUUUCUGUGAGCAGGUGAACACUGACCCCAAUGGCCCCACACAUGCGCCCUGGCUACUGGCCCACAAGAUCCAGUCUCCGCAAGAGAAGGAAGCUCUUUAUGCCUUAACGGUGCUGGAGAUGUGCAUGAACCACUGUGGGGAGAAGUUCCACAGCGAGGUGGCCAAAUUUCGUUUCCUGAACGAACUGAUCAAAGUGUUGUCCCCAAAGUACCUGGGGUCCUGGGCCACAGAAAAAGUUAAAGGAAGAGUCAUUGAAAUACUCUUUAGUUGGACAGUCUGGUUUCCGGAAGACAUCAAGAUUCGAGACGCUUAUCAGAUGCUGAAGAAACAAGGAAUUAUAAAACAAGACCCUAAACUACCAGUGGAUAAAAUCUUACCCCCACCAUCUCCCUGGCCCAAGAGCUCCAUCUUUGAUGCUGAUGAAGAAAAGUCCAAGCUUCUGACAAGGCUUCUAAAGAGCAACCACCCCGAGGACCUUCAGGCCGCAAACCGGUUAAUCAAGAAUUUGGUCAAGGAGGAACAAGAAAAAUCGGAGAAGGUGUCCAAGAGGGUCAGUGCGGUGGAGGAAGUGCGAAGCCAUGUGAAGGUGCUGCAGGAGAUGCUAAGCAUGUACCGCAGGCCAGGGCAGGCCCCGCCCGACCAGGAGGCCCUGCAGGUCGUGUAUGAGAGGUGUGAAAAACUGCGGCCCACACUGUUCCGGCUGGCGAGUGACACCACUGAUGACGAUGAUGCACUCGCGGAAAUUCUCCAGGCAAAUGACCUCCUCACCCAAGGAGUUCUGCUGUACAAACAGGUGAUGGAGGGCCGGGUCACCUUUGGAAACAGAGUGACCAGCUCAUUGGGAGACAUCCCUGUCUCCAGAGUCUUUCAGAAUCCAGCAGGCUGCAUGAAGACCUGCCCCCUGAUUGACUUGGAGGUGGACAACGGACCUGCGCAGACGGGGACUGUGGUGCCAUCUUUGCUUCAUCAGGACCUGGCAGCCUUGGGAAUCAGUGAUGCUCCUGUUACAGGCACGGUUUCUGGUCAGAAUUGCUGUGAGGAAAAGAGGAAUCCCUCCUCCAGCACGCUGCCAGGCGGUGGUGUUCAGAACCCUUCUGCAGACAGGAAUUUGCUGGACCUCCUCUCACCACAGCCAGCUCCGGGCCCUCUGAAUUAUGUUUCACAGAAAAGUGUCCCCAAGGAAGUGCCACCAGGUACUAAGUCCUCUCCAGGUUGGUCCUGGGAGGCUGGCCCGUUGGCUCCUUCCCCAUCUUCACAGAAUACACCUCUGGCUCAAGUGUUUGUCCCUUUGGAGUCUGUUAAGCCCAGUAGCCUGCCGCCUCUCAUUGUGUAUGACCGGAAUGGAUUCAGAAUUCUGCUCCACUUCUCCCAGACGGGAGCCCCUGGGCACCCAGAGGUACAGGUGCUGCUCUUGACCAUGAUGAGCACGGCUCCCCAGCCUGUCUGGGAUAUCAUGUUUCAAGUGGCUGUGCCAAAGUCAAUGAGAGUGAAGCUGCAGCCGGCAUCCAGUUCCAAGCUUCCUGCAUUCAGUCCUUUGAUGCCUCCAGCUGUGAUAUCUCAGAUGCUGCUGCUUGACAAUCCACACAAAGAACCUAUCCGCUUACGGUACAAGCUGACAUUCAACCAAGGUGGACAGCCUUUCAGCGAAGUAGGAGAAGUGAAAGACUUUCCAGACCUGGCUGUCUUGGGCGCAGCCUAACUUUUCACAAGAUGGACCCUUCAUUUCAAGCUUAGGCUGGCGUUACUUUUGCUGUCUAGUCAGGACUAAUCAUGGUGUUUCAGUGCAGAGUGCCAAGAGUCCUAUCCUGACGUCAGGCUCUGGGUGUCAACCUCUGACUUAUUCUGCAGAUGGGGGUGUGUGUGUGUGUGUGUGUGUGUGUGUGUGUGUCAACCUCUGACUUAUUCUGCAGAUGGUGUGUGUGUGUGCGGGGAGAGGGUGGUAGCACAGGGCUUGGGAUAUCGGCAGUGUGGGAAAUGCGAAGCAUUUCUCAUCAUCAUCAUCUCUGCUACAGUCGUGUUUCUGCAUGUCAGCGAGCCACACUGUCCCUGCCUCAGGUUGGAGGUUUUAUCAGCCAAAGUGUUUUUUUCAUGUAUUGUUCGUUCCAUUCAUCCACUCUGUGCCUUGUCAGCCUUUGAAAGGCUUGGUUGCUCCCAGGCUGCUGUUCUCAGGGACCCUAAAAGGGACCUGGUUAGUCUUGGGGCAGAGAGUAUCUACUUGGGCACUCUCUUCCAAGAAAGACCUUGUCUCCAUUUUCAUUAGACAAUGCUUCUUGUGUGUGUUCUGGAAGAUCUUCUAAAUGGAAUGCUUGUUGCACUGUUCCCAGGCGAGUGGCUGCCAUGAGACCUGAGGACCACACUUGGGGGACCAAUCAUGUCCUUCACCACUGUGCCUUAGAAUCGCCCCUGGACAGACCUCCUGGGCAGAGGGGAAAGCAGCUCCCAGGCCUUACUCAGGCCUCAGGUCCAUGGGUUGGGCAGCCAGUCUGGUCCCUUCUCAGGAUCCUCAUCUCCAUCCUCAUCCUCUUCCUUCACAGCAUUUACUUGGAGCUCUUUGUGACACACCAUGUCAGUCAUGGUGAAUCGGCCAACAGCCAGCCCUUGCCAGCUGACGUCACAGUCUAAGAUGGGAAACUGUGGUACAGAUAGACAUGAAGAGAGCUUAGCAGUGAUUGAGGUGGUGACUAAAUAUACAGUCAUUGAAUAAAUACCAUGUAGCAAAUGUACUUUGUGGAGUGUUGAGUAAGUGGAAAAUGGAAAGCCAGUUGCAUUUAGAGAUGAUAGGCCUAAAGGGAACUGUCUUCUGUUGAGAAGUAAAGGAAACUUCAUGAAGGAUGUAGAAGCUUAGCUGCCUCAGUGAAGAGAGAACCUGAAGAUCUGAGGCAAGCUGGACAGGAGAGGUGGAUAUUUGUUGAUGGAAGAAUUCAAGUUUAUAAUCAAUCCCCACUUAGCACCUACUGUGUGCUAGGAGCUUGAAUGUGUAUGUUUGACAAGUCCUGCUUGGCCUGAUCGGUAGGAGAAGGAACCUGAGCCUGGCUGAGAUGGCUAGGCGGAGGGCUUUGAAGUCCAAGCAGCUGAACUGGCUGGGUGGGUUUCUACCUUUGAAACUGCAAGACUUGUUUGGAGCUCUUAAUUACAAUAUCUGAUAUUUUUACAGUCUGAUCUUUUGACUUCUACAUAUAGUGGAAAUCUGCCAAUACUAAUUGGUGGAGAUGGGAACUGUAAAAGAUCAAGUAUGCUAAUUUUAAGCAAAUGUAAAAACUCAUAAAACAGAUAAACAGU